AUGCCACCUACAGAGCAGAAUCCCUACCUGCUGGAUGUGGUUGAUCCUGAUCAUGACAUGUUUCGGCAGUCUCAUGCAGACAAUCCGAAGCGAAGCUCCGCUGUUCCCGCUGCCGGUUCGUCCGAGAAAGACAAUGUUAAACCUGACAGACCUAGAUCUCCCGAAUUCUUGAGUAGGAUGUCCUCGAUGUUGCCAGGACCAGACGCUUUCCCAUCGAUCAUGACACAGCAAAGCCAGGGUCGCUUCUCGAGAGAAGUUCACGCUCCACUUCCGUCAAAGGCCCUCAUCCUGCCCCUUCUAGGAGGAGCGCUAGAUGAGAUAAGCAAAUUUUGGCCAUUCCUUGACACCAAGUCCCUCCUGGGAAUGAUGGAAGAGCAAUGCGCCGCAGGGCCUGAGAAUUUUCACCAAGACCCGUGUCGCUGGGUUACGGUAAACACCCUUCUGGCAAUAAGCAUCCAGUGGAGAACCGCCAGUAGUGCUAUCAACAACCUUUUCCCGGUGACAUGGCCAUUCUUCAAAAAUGCGUUAUCUGUCUUCCCACAACUUUCACUUCAGGGGAAGGACAUCGCUGCAUGUCAUUCGGUAUUGGUAAUGGCCAUUUUCAUGCACGGAACGGGAGAUAUGCGAGCUACCGCCAGCCUAGUUGCUGCAGCAGCGCAUCUUGCCCGAGUGGCUGGCCUACACAAUCCUGACUGGUACGGUUCUAUGGAUGUCAACGAAAUCGAGAAUCACAAACGGGUAUUCUGGUCCAUUCAAAUCAUCAGCAACAAUUUAUCCAUGAGAUCCGGUCUUCCUGUGGCGCUCAACGACGACGAGAUCGAGAUUGACCUUCCAAGCGAACCUACAGUCGAUGAGGCAGGCAGUUCGAGCGUGACUGCAGCCCACCUUUGCAGAUAUAUGGCACAACUGUCGCUUCUUCAGUGUAGAAUUCUCCGAGUCGGACGAGAUGCAAAGAAAACAUCCCAAAGCCCAACCGAGUUUUACAGAGAUAUCUCAAAAUUGGAUCAUCGACUCGAAGAAUGGAGACUCGGACUGCCUCUGGAGCUUCGGCCUGCAAGGGUUGUUCCACUGUCAGAAGAUGAUCUGGAUCCAUCGAUCGUGAAUUUACAGCUGACUUACUUCUCGACGGUGUGGAAGCUCCACCAAGACAUGACCAACUACAACAGCCGUCCUGAAGUCAGCACAUACCUAUUGGCGAUUCCCGAGCUAAGACAGGAUUUCUUAGCCACACCAUGGUUGUCGCCAACCGCAGCGGAUGCUGCUCGCAUGUCAUUACUGCUAUUUAUGAAGCAUAUAUCCUCGCCUCCCUUCCCGUUACUUUGGUGA